AUGGGCCCCUGUACCGCCUCCUCUUGCUGCUGCCAGGCCCGUAAUCUGUCAUGGGCUCCUGUACCGCCUCCUCAUGCUGCUGCCAGGCCCGUAAUCUGCCAUGGGCCCCCGUACCGCCUCCUCAAGCUGUGGCCAGGUCCAGAGUGUCUCAUGGGUCCCUGUACGGCCUCCCAUUGCUGCUGUCUCCAUCGCCACACUCUGCCAUGUGCCACUUUCAGGUCUCCUCACACUGCUGGUGGGUUCCAUUUUGUCAUAGGGUGCUGUAUGGCCUCCCAUUGCUGCUGCCUCCACCGCCACACUGUGGCUCCACACUCUGGUUUUGGCCCCGUGACUGCCCAAAUGAGUGAAGUGUGCGGUGAUUCUAAGAUCGACGGCACUCAUCUGCAUGUCAUACUGACUGACAGUAUUAUUUCUCUUCCCCAGCAGACUCCAAGGGCAUUUAAAUUAAAGGUACAGUGUUCUGCACUAAUAUAA